AUGGAUCCAGAAGCCAUUGCAGCAUCUAGCAAACCGAAAUUGAAGGAACGUCGAGGCAAAAAAGGACUUGAACGUAAAGAUCUACUCGCUGCACCAUCAACCGUGUCAAGUUCAGGAUCCUCAGCUUCAGAAGCGACGUCCGGGUCAACCUUCUCAUUGACUCAAGAUGCUGUUGACGUGGUUUUACGUGGUGAAAUGACUCCCGAGAAGACUGCUGUUAUGCCAUUAUCUGAAACACACGUCCAGCACACAAUACCAUCUGAAUCUGUAGACGAGUCUUCAGUUGAUGCUAAAUCCGGUGAUACCGAUGAAGCUGAACCUAAUAGUAAACCUACCUCAACGUUUAAAACCAAUGACAGAUUACAACGACGCAAGAAUGCUAUUGCUUCCAAGAUGCAGCCAUCGACACCACAGCCUACGGCUUCAGAGCAAUCAUCUGCAUCCGCAAGGAAUAUAGUAGCUAUAUCACAACAAUCCCGGUUUUAUCUUGAUACGGUCGAAACUCUGUCGAAUGACGUGGAUAUGAAGUGUAUACAACUGAGUGUUAAUGAACGAGAGUUGUUGGUUGAUGCUAAUUUAAGGCUUUUCGCUGGAGUCAAGUAUGGGCUUGUUGGGAGGAAUGGGAUUGGAAAAUCUACACUAUUGAUGGCAAUCGGCCACGGCUACCUAAUCGGCUUCCCCAAAAACAUUCGUGCUCUCUACGUCGAACAGCUUGAAGGUGUCGAUACGUCACGACCUGUCAUCAAUAUAGUAGUCGACGCUGAUCGCAAGCUCGUCCGAGUCAGAGAUGAAAUCAAUAUCCUACAGACAGCUCUUGAAACUGCUGACUCCAUGACGAUAUGUCUUGCGUAUCGAAAGGUGUCGAUGACGAGGAUAGAAGUCGAAUUAGAUGAAGCUAAUGCCCUUGCUAUUAAACGAUCUGGAGCGAGAGGUUCUGAUGCCCGUAUAGCUCAACUGGAGGCUGAAGCUAAAGUUGCUGAGACUCGAAGAGCACACGCCAUCAAACCAACAAAAGCAGAACUAGACGCUGCUCCGAUUGAAAGCCACAGGAUAUUAGAAGAAGAUUAUGCCAUCUUAGAAGUGAAUGACGAUGCUGCUGCCGAAUCAAAAGCUCGCAAGAUCUUGAAAGGUCUUGGCUUCCCUGAAUCAUAUCAAGAUGGACCAUUAUCUACCCUGAGUGGAGGCUGGAGAAUUCGUGUUGCGCUUGCUCAAGCCCUGUUUACUGAACCUGAUAUACUGUUGCUGGAUGAACCUACGAAUCACUUGGACUUGCCUGCUAUACUAUGGCUGACUGCAUAUCUCGAAUCUCUGGAAGGCGUCACACUAGUCGUUGUCUCUCACGACAGAGCUUUCUUGAAUACAGUGACUAAAGAGACUAUCGUAUUCAGAAAGCAAAAGCUCGAGUAUUUUGAAGGCAGCUUUGAAGAGUAUGAGAAGAAUCGAGAAGAGAAGGCUCUCAGUCAGCAAAGGCAGCAAGAUGCUCUAGAUAAGAAACGAGAACAUAUUGAAAAGUCAAUCCAGGAGGGUUUGAAAGCUGCUAGGAAGAGUGGUGAUGAUAAGAAGUUGGGAAUGGUUGCUUCGAGACAAAAGAAACUGGAUGAUCGAUGGGGUCUCGACGUGAACGCCCAUGGCCACAAAUUCAGACUGAACGCCGAUAGCAACGCAGGAUACGGCCUAACAACACGUAGUUUCCAAGCCCUUGACGCCGCUGACCCACCAGUCCGCUGGGACAUCCCAUCUCCAGACCCUCUACGUCGUCACGGCGCCAUCCUCGAAAUAGAAUCCGUCUCCUUUGCAUACUCUCCAUCCACACCUACAAUCCUCUCAAACGUCACUUUAAACAUCCAACCAGGUCAACGCAUCGGAAUGGUGGGCGCUAACGGUGAAGGUAAAACAACGCUCGCUAAACUUAUCGUUGGUGAAUUAUCACCUACGUCGGGCAAGAUUAGUAUACAUACCGAAGCCAAGUUGGGAUAUUUUACACAACAUCAUGUUGAUUUGUUGAGCAAGACUGCUGGGAGAGCUACACCGUUGUCAUUGUUUAAGGAUUCGUUUCCGGGAACGACGGAACAGGAUGGGAGGGCGUUUUUGGGAAGUUUCGGGCUGGGUGGGAAUUUACCGUUACAGCCUGUACAGACUUUGAGUGGGGGCCAGAUGGUUCGGGUUGCGUUUGCGCUUGCUGUGUAUAAGAGGCCGCAUUUGCUUGUGCUUGAUGAGGUCUCGAAUCAUUUGGAUAUGCAUACAAUACAAGCAAUGAUUGAUUCUUUGAAGGCAUUCACUGGAGCAGUAAUUCUGAUAUCUCACGACCAACACUUUGUCAGAGAGGUAUCUCAAGAAGUAUAUGCUGUACGGAAUGGUGGUGUCGCACGAUUAGAAGGUGGUGUUGAUGAAUAUGUCAAGACAGUCAAACCGAAAAAGCUGGGUAGUAGUGCUAAAAGGUGA